ACAUUAGCUCAAGGAAGAACAACACGACGACGACGACGACCCGCCCGGUGUGCUUCACGAUACAACAAUACCGUUGGAAGAAUUAUGUAUGAUCCACAAGAACCACGAACCACAACUGCCACUUACCCAACCGCGGUGAAAGUGGAGCGUCGCAACUACGAACAAGUUUAAAAAAGGUCCAUCGCGCCGUCAAAACGAGAUUUUUAAUGAUUGCGCGAAUCGUGCUGGUGGAGUCAAAACCAGAAGAACAGAAGAUUUUUUUUGUAUUCGCGACGCCGGUGUGGUUGUAAUCUGUACUGCAGCACCUCAAGAACUUGAUGACCCUCCUCCACCACGGAAGAUCUUAAGCCCCCGGGAACGUCGACCUACAGCUACGACUGUCCUCCACCUCUCGUGAAAUUAGGGGAGAAAAAUUUUGCCAUCUCUACAAAAAUUUUGUACCACCAGAACACGCGAAAAAAAAAAGGUUGUUUUUUGGGGGUUUAAACUUUUUUUAUUUUUGGGUGCUUAUCGACUGCUGCUCAGCACUGGAUUUGGUCCGGGUCAAAGUUCAAGUCCUGUCCUGAUUUCAGUGUGUAGAGCCUCUUGAUGUCUUGACUCUCGUUGUCAACGUCCAUCCUACAUGGACAUCGAAUCUUCCGCCCUGGCACCCACGCCUGGAUGCGCUUCCAGUUUCGCUGGUCGUCGUCCUUGAAGAUGCCAGUGGUGGUGUAGAAUUGUUGCUGCUCCCCUGGUGCCACGAUGUCCUCCGGGAGGUACUGACUUUCGUCUUCUUUUUCCUCCUUGUCCGCCACCCUCUUCAACGUCAUCCGCAGUCCUGUCUUCGCCUUGGUGCAGUUUCCCAGGUUGAUACGGGCGAGAAGCUCGUCACAGAGCGAGCAGUAAACCUGGCACAGCUCUCGCUCGGGGAUUCUGGCGACUCCCUUCUGGCGCUCUAUCAGCUUGGGCUCCUGGUUGUAACCGCCUGCUCCUUGCUGUACUACUGCUGGUCCACGCCGUGGUGACCGGUCUCGGUGCUGGUCGGUACGCGGAAGUGGAACUGGUUCGGGGAAGAAGAUAUGCUGUGGCUGAUCCGCUGGUGGGGGUUGGAGUUUCGCCAGGACACCGCAGUAUGAAAGGAAAAACGCUCAAAGGGCGGGGCGCCAGAAAUACUGCCCACCCGCGCCGCCACCUACAGCUACGACUGUCCUCCACCUCUCGUGAAAGCUAAGCUGACCAGCGGCACAAUGCCCUAUAUACUAUACGGCAAGAAAUGCGAUUGGCGCCUAGCCCGAUUCCUACUAGUAAAAACCUUACUAGUAACAAAAGUCCGCAAAUUUUUACUAGCAAAAAACGUUACUAGUAAGUUUAACGGGACAGGCGAGCAAAAAAUCUACUAGUAAAACACGGACGUGGUGUGGGUAUUCCCCGUGGUGUGGGUAUUCCUGCCUUUCAGGAGGGCAGGCCGCCCCUUUCCUCCAGCCCCGCUCGCUUCUCAUGUGCACCGUGCCCACUCCCGUCGCGGGGGGCGGGCCGCUGCGCAUGGAGGUUGCCCCGUCCCUUUGCGUAAGUAGGGCUUCUUAGGCAGGCGCCACUUUCCCGUGGGCUUCAGCAAAAUGCACAUAGUAGCUUACCCACCUUAAGGGGUGCUCGCAAAAACUUGCAAACCCCCCAGAAGGCUCGUCGCCCACCCGCUUUCGCGGCGGACCCUGGGGCGUGGGCGCUAGUGGGCGCCGGCGCCUGGGACAAGCGCGCCUAGACGCUUAUCGCCUCCUGCCCCUUCCCCGCGAGGACUGCAACCUUCCUAUUAGGAAAUCGGGCCCAUCGCAUCCUUGUCUACUCCAUACCUCUCCGGCGGUCGCGGAGCGACCGCCCGUGCUAGAUACCACGACGACCGCCCGUGCUAGGUACCUACAGCUACCACUGUCCUCCACCUCUCGUGAAAGCUAAGCGCCGCGCCUUGCUCUUGAAUUCGCCUCCUCGCCCUCGCGCGCCAGGCGCCCGCGCCGCGCUGCAGCAUUGUGCAUCGAAGCCCGCAGGGGGCCCAAUGGGGCAAAUUGCCCCAGGCGUCGCGAUCUGGGGGGAUCACGACGCCCACGGCGGUUUUGCGCCGGGCGGGCACUUGACAAAAGCGCCGCGGGACGCUUUGGCAGGCUCUGCGCUCUUGCACCGGCGGAGCUUUUGUUUCCCAUGGUGCGAGAGCUCUUUGUCUCUCGAGCAACACCAACAGCACUCGCGCUCGGGGUAGAUAUAGCGUUUAGGCAUUCGAGUGCUUAAAUUCACGGAAACACAGAUUGCAAUCUGCGUCUGAGAUUUGCUCUGCUGGGCAAAUUCAAAUUUGUUCACGCAACUUCACAGACAAAUAAUCAGUUUAGCCAUUCGAGUGCUUAACUGCUUGAAAAUAAGCAGUCAUUUUAAGCAUUCGAAUGGCUAAUUGACUGGCUAUCUUUGAAGCUGUGUGGACAAAUUUGAAAUUUGCUAGAGCAAAUUGCUGCAAUCUGCGUUUCCGUGAGUUUAAGCGCUCGAGUGCUUAAAUUGCGACUUCUUAGAUUAGGCGUUCUAAUGCUUAAACCUUAUGAACGCGAUUUCCUAGAUUAGGCACUUUAAGGCUUAAAACAAAGAAUUUGCCGCGCGAUUAAAAGUUUCACAGAUGCUGCGGGCCUUACCCAAGUAACCCGGGAACGUCGACCUACAGCUACCACUGUCCUCCACCUCUCGUGAAAGCUAAGCUGACCAGCGGCACAAUACCCUAUAUACUAUACGGCAAGGAAAGUGAUUGACGCAUGGCCCGAUUUCUACUAGUAAAAUCUUACUAGUAAGGAAAAUCCAAGAAUUUUACUAGUGAACAACGUUACUAGUAAGUUUAACGUGACACGGAAGGAAAAAAACUACUAGUAAGCGUACUAGUAGAGAGUUUACUAGGAGAAAGCUUACUAGUACAAAAUCGCCCCCAUUGCCCCGCGCGCGGGUCGGCUCGCCCCGAGCUUGCGCCACAGAGCUCGCCAGCGCUGCUGGCUUCCCUCGCCCCCUGUGGAGAAACUAGCGCCGAGCAACCCGUGUCUGUGUGGUAGCGCGGGACGUGGCGCUCGUUCCUGGGAAAAGGGGGCGCAGCCGUGGGAGGGAAAGGGCUUAUUUGUCUGACUGAGGGUGGCGCGCUGCGCGCUGCUGCGCCCGCAGGUGCAGGCGAACUAGCAGCUCCGGCCCGGCCACGGUGCCCGGGAUGGCUUUGCGCUUUGUUUGGGCUACCCCGUUUUGCCUCGCGGCGGAGGCCCCUCCUCGUGUGGAUGCCCCCGCCGCCCUGCGCAAAGAAAGCGGCGCCUUUUCUCGCUGCCCCGAAGGAAUGGCCAUCACACACAGUGCGCCUAGUCCCCCUGGGCUGGUUGCACCUGCCUGGCUGGCCAGGUUUUUUGUCGCGCAGCUUCCGCAGCUGCGGCCCUGUGGGCUCCGUCGAAAGCAGCCCCACCGCCUUGGCGGCGUAACUAGAAAUAGAGUGGGGCGUAGCUAGAAUGACGAGCGGCCGCCCUUAAGGCUCGCAACUUGGGGGGGUGCUCGCAAAUUGGGAACACCCUGGAGGGCUCGUCCCCUCCCAGGGUGGGCUCGCCCCGGGUGUUCUUUCGGUUUCCCGGUGCUUCUCCUUCUCCAGGGGCCUGGGGCGGGCCGCUGUCACGCCUUUGUCUUCCUCCAGGGGGCUCCGGCGCACUCAAAAGCCCUGCGCCUGCAGAGUUUUCGCCCCCAGGAGAAUCCCCUCCCCUUCCCCCUGAAAGCUAACCACGCCCCCGGGAACGUCGACCUGCAGCUACCACUGUCCUCCACCUCUCGUGAAAGCUAAGCUGACCAGCGGCACGACUACGACGGCGGUCCACCCUCACCAGCGACACCUUCGAGCUACACCUUCGAGCGACAGUGUUCUACAAUUUUAGAAGCUACUAGUUGUACCAUCUUCACCGGAUGAAACUCUUCUAGUCAACGUCAGCGAGGAGAUCCACCACGGUUUGUUGAAAUUCGUGGUGUAGAAUUUUUUUCCAAGAACACCGGUUGGAGGUUUCAAUUUCAUUUCAACAUCCACUACCAGGAUGAAUUUUCUCGCGACAGACAUCCCGUGCAAGUACUACGCCGCGGGAUACUGUCCGAAUGCCGCGGAGAACAAGGUUUGCAAGGAGCGGGUUGGGAUGAACGGAAACUGGGUCAAGAAGCGGCACCACAAGGACGACGGGCAGCUGCUGGAGCAGGAGUGGCUGCGGGGGAACCUUGACCGGGACUACGGGUCGCCCGCCGGCAAGUCGCACUUUGCGGAGGAGUCGAAAAUAUGCAUUGCAAGAAAUAUGUUUGGGUCUGGAUUUUUUGUGAUGCGCAAAAAUUUGAGGGACAGCGAGGAUGUAAAUACGAUUGACGAGCAGGCUUUCUGCUGUGAAACUCAGUGUGUCACACUAAACACACUAGAGGUCGUCGCAAGGAGUCAAGGAGCGCUUGUCAUGCUGUUCUGCCGUAAAAGGGAAGGACCACCAUGACAAAUUGUAAAUGAAUCCUUUUAGCAGAAAAAGACAUAUAUUUGCACUGGAUAGAAAAUGGUGGCGCGAUCCGAGAACUGGCCGAUUCCGGGGUACCUCGGUCGCACGGGCGUGCAAAAAUACGCGGUAAGCAACCCCAGCACCCCGGCGGACUUUCCGGAACUGAAGUACGCGCUGGUGAUCGACGUGGAAGGGCGGGAGGGGAUCAUUGAGCUGCCGGUCAUUGUGCUCGCUCUCCAGGACGACCUGAAGGAGGCGAUGCGCUUCCAUCGCUGGGUCCGCAGCAGGGGGGUGCAGGAGAGUAUGGAUUACGCCGCUCAGGAACAGAAGAUGAACGCGAGCUGGAACAGCGACAGCACCACCCCGAGUUCGAACCAUUCGAGCCGCAACGCGAAGAGCAGCACUUCUGCAAGCAAAAAGGACCCCGCGGACGAUGCCACUUCCUGCUACUCCACCAGCGGGGGGCAUUCCAUGUGCCCGGCAUGGUGGCCGCUGUGUCAAAUGUCGAUUGCGAUGUCCAUAUCGAAAAGAAAAAUCCCCCCUCCCCAUAUCAAAACGGAAAUCUGUGAUGCUGGAUUUGCGUACACAAAUCAGAUUUGUCUUGCGGAAGGGGACGACAGGCCUACAUCAAGCCUGAGUAGAGAGGUUUUGGCCUAGGCGCUUAGCAUCAGAAACGUCUGCGCUGUCGGCCAAACCGCAUCACAAACCGCCUCCAUAAUGCGGCGGAGCCUGUGGAAUUGCCUUCUUGCAAGACAGAGAUGAUUUGUGGUCGCAAAUCAGCAUGGCAAAUUUUCUGCGACGUACCUUUUCGAUAUGGGGAGGGGGGAUCUUUCCUUUCAAUAGUCCACCUCGACGCCGUCUCCGAAGCAGGACCAGCGGAAGAACCGUAGCAAAUGUAAAAAUGUCUGGGUCGGGAAGAGUUGGAACUUGUGAUGCAAACUCUGGAACACUCAAAAAUUUGUGUUGAAUGAGCGCCAAAAGCUGUCCAUUUGUUGGUACGCAAGUAGGAAGUUUCUCAUGCGGCGCGACAGGCAUCAUGAGACGUGCUCAGAACCUGUGAUGCUGUUGCCUGCACCAGACGCCAUUUGCGUGAUCCGAAAUAUGCAUGACAAAUCUCUUCACAAUCUUCCAGACCCAGACACUUUUGCAUUGGAUAAACCGAACUUCCGUACACCAGCACGAAAACCGGGGGGACAUCCGGAUCAAUGACCAGAGCAAUGCGGUGUUCCUGCCCCAGGCGCUGACGGACUUGUGGGUGAAGCUGAAUCAGGAGUUGCCGGAUUUCACGCCGGAAAAUUCGCUGCUCGUGCACUGCGGGGACUUCGACGCCAACGCGCUCCGGUCCGAAAUGCGGGAAAUCAACGCAAACCGGCCCGUAUGCAUUGAAAAUAUCGAUCUGGGUCCUCUGGAAGAGCGCAAGCUUUGUCAUGUUCGGCUGGCUCGACUCUCAAAAGUCUGUCACGCACCUUAAGCAUGCAAAAGUAAAGUAAGUACUUAGCCGGAUGUUUCUGUAUACUUUCAGGUACCGCAGUUCGUAGCAGGCAGGAACAGAUACAGAAUCGGCAGCACGUAGCAUCUCCCGAACUUGUUGUGCUCAUGCUUGGCGGCCGACGCAACAAGUUGAGAAGUGCUAGUGCUGGUGACAACUCGCAUGAUCACAAGUUUCAUCCGGUACUUCUUUCCAGAACAUCACCAGAUCGAUAUUUGCAUUCGAGAGGCGGAGAAGCACCCGUUUGUGGCGCUGCUGUCCCGGUGGUGUAAUUUGAAAGACCUCGCGUUCGACUACGUGCUGCACAACGGAACUUUCGCUCGGGAGACCACGGCGGCGGAAAAGAUCGCGCUGGCGGUAUUGAGAGGAAAAAUCCCCCCUCCCCAUAUCAAAACGGAAAUCUGUGAUCCAGAUUUGUUGUCACAAAUCAACAUGCUACACGGGAAAAGAUGCGGACUGUAGUGCUGGGUGGCGUGGGGAAGCCUUGUAUCUUCAGCAUGAUAGGAGGCAGCUGAGAGUGGGAAACAGCAUGACAAAUGGCUUGCGCGUUGGCUUGCAAUUUGCCUGUUGGGAACGAAAACUCGGUAGAUGCGCCGGCUUUUGCAUACCAUGGUCAACGUGUUCUUGUAUGACUUGCAUUUAAGUGCUACUUCUUAGGGUAGCAAGGGAAUAUAGAAUAGAGACGGCACAGGCAGAAGUGGUUUUUGACCGGUCUAGUUUUACAAACGCGCGAAAUUUUUACUAUAGAACCUGACUUUAAAUGAUAUUUACUUUCUUCCUAGGGGUUCGUAGUACGCGACCACUACGCUGGUCAAGUACACUUUUUCCGUCCUGGUUCUCGAAUUUGUUACAGCUCGGCCAAAUUUGUCAUGCAAUUCCUCGGUUUGGUCAUGAUUUACUCCGGUCUCGUGGCAUUUUUUGUCUUUGACGACGUGUUUGUCAUGCUGGACACACCAACCUCGUGGUUCCUCGGGUCCUUUGCAUGCUGGUCCCUGGAUUUGGUUGUUGGCGCCACGAUCGCAACCCCAUUUUCCAAACCAAUCAGUUCCUUCAUGCUAGAAAUUCGAGAUACCACCUUUAGGAUGGUUCUUUGGGUAAGUGGGACUGUGUCAUAGUUAGCUUCUUCACACCUUUUUUAUUUUUUCUGUUCCCUCGGUGCUAAGGCACGAUGGUUGCACAGUGCUAUUUCUACUCAGAUAACAACAGAACUCACGUCGCAGCCGUCCCAGGAGUUUCGGUUGUUGUCUCUCGGUAGAAAUCGCGCAGUUCAAUUUUCUGCUUUAGAGUUUACCGAGCAGGCGGUUUAAACUUUGUAGUUCUGAUUUACAAAGGGACGCCCUGCCCUUAGUUUCCCAACAUGACAAAUGGCUUGCAAACGAGGCCGCGACUGCGGCUUUGGCCUUCCAGCAUGACAAGCCGAUUUGUGACCUCAAAUACAGCAUCACAAAUUUCGUUUUCGAUAUGGGGAGCGGGGAUUUUUCCUUUCGAUAGGCGGAGGAAUUGUCCGGGAUGGUGAAGUAUCAAAUGUAAAAAUGUCUGGGUCUACUGGAAGGAUGGGACUUGUGAUGCGUCCUGUGGAUCACACAAAAAUCUGUCUUGCGUGAUCAACAAAAGACGCCCUUUUCUGACCACCAUGAGAGGGAACUUCUCAUGCAGGACAGGCAUGAUAGAGACCUCGCAGAAUCUGUCAUGCUAUGUCCUGCAUUCCAGACCUUAUGGGGCAUGCAAAUUCUGCAUGACAAGUUUGCACUCUUCCCGACCCAGACAUUUUUGCAAUCCAUAUGAAGAUGCAGAAAUACUUCAAAGCGCCCACCGUGGCUCUCCACGGGUUCCGAUACACGCCGCAGAUCACCCCGAAGAAGUCUUGGAACGAAAUGCUCGAACGGACCGGGGAGGGCUCGAUGCAGUACUGCUGUCACCACCAGGGAUAUGGAGAGAAAAAAGUUUAUCACAGUCGCUAAUUUGCAGGGUUUGCAUUACAAAUUUUCUUAGCAUCACAAAUUUUCCUUGUAUUGCAGAAACACUAGGGAAAUCCCUGAUAAAGUUUGGCUGUGAUGCAUUUUUACGCAUGACAAACAGUUCUGUAUUGCAAAAAUGCGCAUGAGUGAUCGUGACGAACUUUUUUUGUUUGAUAAGGGAACGGCGGACACGGAGAACAUCGCCUUGCUCCUGCGGUUAUGGCUUGCAACAAUGUCUGGGUUUGGAAGAGCACAACUUUGUCAUGCACAUUUUCCAUGAUCCAUGAUGUCUGUGAUGUAUGCUAUAGCAAUAGCAUCACAGAUUUUUUGAGCGCUUAUCUAUGCGCAUCCAGCAUGACAAAUGCCCUCUCCGCGUAGCCAAAUUUGAAUCCUCUUGCUGGUCAUGCAAUACAGGUUUUUUAGCAUCCAAAUGCAGCUUCACAAGUUUGGCUCUUCCAGACCCAGACAUUUUUGCAAUCCAUAGCGGUUUCUACUCGCGACCAAGCCCGAUCUAUGCAAAAGAGAAAGUGUAGGAAUAAUUACAGUGGUUACUUACGACGACCGAUUGUAGUGUUGUAGAGAGGACCAAGGAAGUAUUAAGGCAGACCAGUUCAUCUGUCAUGCUCAUGCGGGAUUUCAUGCUUGGGAGCCUAGUUUCACGACACGUUUUUAUUACCUCUUUUAUGAAUGAUCUUUUUCUUCUUGCAAAUAUACUAAUAUUUUAUUUCUCUGUCAUGCUCAGAAGUUGUUAUAAGUACUUGCAGCAAUACGUGCUGGGUCGUAAGUUGUGAUUGUUACCACUUUAUUCAUUCUUGGAUACCAUCUCGUGUUCCGGCCGACUGCUAUCGAGGACGUUGCCAAGAUCCGGGAAAACAACAGCCAGUAUGCGGGCGCUGGUGGCAGCAUGGGUGGGUGGCACACGGGUUACUACAGCGGAAUGAACAGCACCAGUGGGAGCUACAAUCGGUACCAAACCAACGCGUUCGUUCCCGUCAGAUACCUGUUGCAGAACCGAGUGAAGCAGUUCUGUGCGCCGACUGGGGUUAUCAAGAGUAAAAAUGUCUGGGUCUGGAAGAGUCAUGCUGUUUUUGCAUGACACUACACAGAAGUUUAGACGCGCGCUAGUAUAGAGUGUUAGUUAAGGUAGAUUAUUACUUAUUUUAGCUUGGGUUAGAUAGUUAUAUUUCCCGUCUUGGGGUUUGUAAUGUAGUUGCUCCGCCCUUGUGUUUUCGGGCUUGUUCCGACCUUUUGCAUGAUCUGAUGCUGUCUCGGUCGGUGGCGUUUGCGGUUCCAUCUUUGCUCCCUCGGUUGCGGACGUUUUUGCAUUUGUCCGCUGCGACAGUUCGCCUCGUUUGCGGCUGCUCGCCAUGAAAACAACUACAUUACAUCUUGCCUCACUUUUUAAGAGGGGUUUUUUCGUAGUUGGGACUGUGUCAUAGUAGGAUAGUUUACCGCUUUUUUACUUUUCUUUUCUCCCUUGACGCUAGUGUUUAGGUUUGCAUACAACGUUAUCCCUACCCAGAUAGCAACAAAUGCUCACGCCGCAGCCGUCCCAGGAGCCUUUAUUUUGUUGUUGUCUCUCGGUAGUGAUCACUUUGUCCAAACUUAUUCUACCUAGAGUUUGUCGAGUAAGUGGCUACCGUUUUAAGGUUUAGAGAAAGACAGGGACGCCCAGCCCUUAGCUUCCCAACAUGACACAGAAGGUCUGGCAUGGAAGCUCUAGCAUUACAGGUUUCGAGAAGCUUCCGCAAUGCUGAAUCCGCAUGACAAAUCCCCCACUUUGGUGACAGAAAGCGGGCAGCUUUUGCUACCCGUGCAUGAGAGAUUUUUCUGUGUUCUGAAAUGCGCAUCAGAAGUUUGUAUUCUUCCAGACCCAGACACUUUUGCAUUUGAUAGGGGUGCACUAUGGUGCGCCGCAUCCUAGCUCUGUUUCAUCCCGGAAACUGUCAGAGAACAAUGCGAACAAUUCGGGCACAGCUACCUGCUCAUCUAGUGGUAACGCAGGAGGAGCGACCAGCAGCUGGAGACAAAAGAACCGCGCGGACUAUGAAGUGGUGAUUGAUAGCUUUGACAGCAGCUUUUCGGAGGAUGGGGUCUGCUAUCCAAAAGUAGAAGUACUGAUACAGCUUUACCGGAGUUGAAGAUAUUUUCCAAGAACAUGCUCUUUUUCUGUGUCAGAAAGACAAAGAGUGAGUCCCGGAAUAAAACCUGUUCUGUUCAGCAUGGCAAGCAAUGUUCGCACGAUGACCCUUCUCAUGCCCAUUGACGCACAUAUUUUCUGCAUUCUCGUAGUGGUCCAUUUUUUUAUGCCUGAAAGAGUGUUGUUGUUGGCGCUCUCGCAGAUCAGCAUCACACGACAGAAAAACAGCAGCGCAAAUCUUUUUUUCCGGUAUGGGUGUACGACUUUUCUGAAGGAUAUUUGCGCCGCGGAUGUGCUGGACAUGACCGUUUUGGAGAAGUUGGCGAGGCUCAACAAGUAUCCAUAGCAAAUAUGUAGUCUGAGUCUGGAAAAAUUAUGAAAUUGCGAUGCAACUUCGUGAUCGGACACAUCUAGCUAGCGCGCUGUUGCACCGGCUGCAUAUUAGUCAAGCAUGAGAAAUUAUUUUACGACGGGCGCAUCGGGCUCCAGAUUUUUACGCAUGACAAAGUGACGUGUAGUUUAUUUUGCUGAACGACACAAGAAGUGAACAACAGCAAGCGCUUUUGAUGUCGUAACACGCAAUAUCAUAUGCUGCAGCCACAACUCAUCUACUUCCAGACUGCUAAGUACGUAUUUGCAUUUGAUAGCGAGUACGGGCGGGAGGGCGCCGAGGACAUGUAUGACGUGCUGGAUAAGUUGCAUUCUUUGUGGCAAAAGUACGGGUCGCAAGUGUCGGAGGGCGAAAAAACCAACUGGUUUGUAUCCGAGUGCGCAACUACUCGCGGCCCUCCUUGGUAUUUGUCGUGCAAAAUUUUUGCAAUUUAUUCACACACGACCGGAGAAGCGGUCCUAGUUCCCAGAAGGCAUGGUACUACAGUUCUGAUAGAUAGCUGCGUCAUGCAAUAAAAGCUACUUAUUUAAUACACGGUUCUGCUUCUGUUCUUGCCGCUGUUUUUUCUGCAUGUGCCCUGCGAAUGAGAUAAGUAGGGAGGCGGGGGUUGUGAAUUCGGAUAGGGUGGGCGGAUGUAUCAACUGUAAAAAUGUCUGGGUCUGGAAGAAUCCAGCUUGUCAUGCUGAUUUUUGAUUUUUAAAAAAAUCUGUCUUGCAUGAGCAGCAAAGAGAGUCCAAGUUUUGCUAAGCGGAAAGAGCAUUUGUCAUGCGGUAUAGGCAUCAGGAAGCCCUCACAAAAUCUUUGAUGCUAGGGCAUGCAUCACAGACAUCAGGAGUCAUGCAAAAUGUGCAUGACAAAUCGCGCACUCUUCCAGACCCAGACAUUUUUACAUUUGAUAGGAUGACCGCUAAGUUGAUUCGGGAUAUCGGAUCCGAGCGAAAGAAGGGCGGAGAGAACAAUCUCUAUUGCAAUCAGUACGGUAGUUCUUUGCAUAUCCUCUGCAACAGUGUCGUACUCGUACUAGGAAUUGGAAUUGCACCCUGUUCCAUGUCGGUGGACGUGUUUUGCUUUAGAAGUACCUGACUCUGCAUAUUAGCGCGUUCUUCCAUAAUUGUUCUGGAGUGAUCAUUUGUGGAUCGUGUGCAAUUACAACUACUAGCACGAAGAUGGUGCGUUUGCAAUGCAUACUGCAACACCACGGUCAACAUCCAGGAUUUUUUACAGCCUCGUCAGAGAAGGGCGGCAAGGGCAAGAAGGGUAACGGGAAAAUGGGGGCGCCGAAUGGGUGGUAGAAGUGAAGAAGUCUGACAAGAGGGAGAACAAUAAAAGAUAAGAACUUCUUGCGGGAGGACGAGGAGGUCGUGCGUCUUGGACCAACAAGACGACCUACUACACGAAGAUAAAAAUAAAGCGCUUUUAAUACGAUUGGUAAAAAAGCGUGAUUUGAUGCAAUGACGACCACGUGGCAGAAUUUUGUCGAUUAUAGAGGAUGAACUGACUGCCACUUUCCGCGCGUUGUCCCGGCAGCACCAGAUCAUACAAAAGACACAAAAGAGCAAAAAUGAAAAUCUUCAGCGACUCUCGAAAUAAUAAUCAAUAACACCCGUCGUGCACGUAGUACGCAAGCUGCGUCCACAACAAGCCGAGCCGCGCAUCGGUACUUCUAGAGGUGGAAUAGAAUACGCGAAACAGACGUCUUCACAAUUUUUUUAGAAUGAAACUGUCCACUGUCGCCACGUUUCCCGUGCGCCUGCUGCGGUCGCGAAGAGGUCCUGUCAAAGGUCCUUUUGUCUGUCAAAGGCUCUCGCCACUGCAGAACUUUUGCGCAUUCAGGAUUUCGACGUUAGGUGAUGGCUGUAGUAUGUUACUGAAAUAUGAAUCAAAUUUCAUCUGACAAUCACCUUUGUGAAGGAGGAGAGGAACUUCUUACGCAG